GGUCACAUUUAUACAAUCCAACACUUCGUGUACUCCGUGUACUGUUGCUUGGACAGACAGCAUCCAAUUUUCCUGCACGCGAGACUUCACAUUUUAACCAGAGAUUUAAUCGAAAAUCACCAUGGCUGUAGAAGGAGGAGCAAAAUGUAUCAAAUACCUGCUCUUUUUCUUUAAUUUCAUCUUCUGGCUGUGUGGCCUGGCCUUAAUAGUUCUGGGGGUAUUGGCUAAAGUUUCUAUCAACACCACGGCCUUCCUCAAAGGAUACUCCGGUUCUCCUCUAGUGCUGAUAGUGGUGGGAGUCGUCAUCUUCUUCAUCGCAUUCUUUGGCUGCUGUGGCGCCUGGAAGGAGAAUCAGUGCAUGAUCACCACGUUUGCUGUUCUUCUCUCCCUCAUCAUCAUCAUUGAAAUCGGAGCCGCCAUCGCUGGAUAUGUCUUGCAUGGGAACCUGACUGAUCUACUGAAUAAAGGCUUUGACGUCAUGAUCACUGGAUACAAUGAAACAGAAAACCGUGAAACCCUUGAUACUAUACAGCAAGACUACAAGUGCUGUGGAAGAAACUCCUCUAUUGAUUGGUUGAACUCAAAAUUCUUGGCUCCCAAUUCAGUCCCAGACUCCUGCUGUAAAAACGUCACUCAGAAUUGUGGUAAAGGAGCUAUCCGAGACACCAGCAAAAUCUACACGGAUGGAUGUCUGCCCAUUCUGGACAAAUUUCUAAAGCGAAACAUCCUGUGGAUCGCUGUGGCAUCUCUGGUCAUUGCAUUUGUGCAGAUCACAGGCAUUGUGUUGUCCUGCAUUCUGAUGCGAGGCAUCCGCAGUGGCUAUGAGGUCAUGUGAUCACAUCUAGUUACAGCACCUCACCCAUAUCAGCACAUCACUUAAAGCUUUUAGAGACUGUUUAGGUAUUUUUUAAAACUAUUAUAUAAAUGGCAAUUAUUAUCCCCCUUGCUGUGUAAGUUGAGAGUACUCAUUUUCUUUGAGAAUGAAAUAUCUAUGACGUCUAUGCUUCUAUGACUAAUCCAGUAGAUUAGUCUCCUGUUAAGUCUCAGAUUUAUACUUUAGACAUCGUUUAAA